AGGAUUCAGUGGUAAUGUCAGCCACUACCAGGCAACAAGGGGUUCACAACAACAGCAGUGAUGGGCAGGCUGGAGGAGAGGGAGGAGUCAAGAAGAACGAGGGUGCUCAAGAUCAACUCAUACCACCCUCAUAUCCUUACUCUCUGAGGUCACCGGUUGCCAAGAAAAAACAGACUGACGAGGUCUCCUCGAAGACUAGCAGGAAACGGACAGGAUCGGCGACCAGCAGCAUCGAUAGUGCUGCCGCUACUAUAGGCUCUGCUGAGCAAGAAUGCAUAAGUAUGGAAGUUGCUUCCGCUGGUGAUUUGAUCAGCGCUAGGCAAAGGUCUAGGAGCAGAUCGAGGGUCCCCUCAAAUGAUGGUGAAGUGAAGACCCAAGCGGUGAAAUCCCCAGAGAAGGCUCCCAAGAGACGAAGAUCAGGCAGUAGUAGAAGAGAAGUGAGUGGCGUUCCAGAAGCCCCUGGUGCGGGUCCCCCUAUUGCCGAUGUGUAUUGGGUGCAAUGCAGCAGCCCUACCUGUGAGAAGUGGCGUAUUGUCACUAAGGGGAUAUUCGACAAGUUCAAUGAGAAUCCGGAUCUGCCUGUAUACUGCGCACAGCUCGGUAGUGCAUGCUCGGAGCCUGAUGACGCAGAGAACUAUAAAGCUCCCGAAAAACAGAGAGAGAGUACAGCCGACGAUAUGCAAUCGAUUCCUCCCCAGCCCUCCGCGGUACCUGUUAUUAUCACAACCGCGCCUACAGAUGAGAUUCGAGAGGAGCAAGAAACGGUUGUUAAGA